GAGUCAAGCUGACCUACGUGCGUCAUCAGGGCACCCUUUUUGCCGAAUGUGAAUCUGAUUCAGCUAUCUUUGUACAAUCACGGAACUGCAACUACAUUCACGGCUUUCAUCCAACUACUGUCGUCAAAAUUGCUAACAAGUGCUCUCUGAAGAUUUUCGACGAACAAUGCUUCCGAAGGUGGCUGGAUCAAGUUCUCAAGCACAUGACACCUCCACCUCGACCGAUCUCAUCGAUAUCAU